CUCCCCCUCCCCCCACGGGAUCUAAUAUACUCAAAGGGGUCUCCCAAUCAGCGACUUCUACUUUUUGAAUAAAUUCUUCGUAUAAUUUCCCUAAAUUUUAAUCCUUAAAAUCUCCACAGAGAUAAUCAGGCCGAUUUUCUCAUCAGUUGAAUCAACAGGGUUUAAGGAGAUUUAUUUUUGUUUUAUUUUACUUAAGCGAUAAUUCUUUUGGAAAAUAAAUUAUCGACGAUGUUUACUCGAAUUUUCGGAAAGCCCAAGCAAGAGACUAGUGCUCUAGCGACGCUAGACAAGUUGAACGAGACUCUUGAGAUGCUAGAGAAAAAAGAGAAAGUUCUCUUGAAGAAGGCUGCUGCUGAAGUUGAAAAGGCCAAGGAGUUUACUAGAGCUAAAAAUAAAAGGGCUGCAAUACAAUGUUUGAAGCGGAAAAGGCUUUAUGAACAACAAAUCGAACAGCUUGGAAAUUUCCAGUUGCGCAUUCAUGACCAGAUGAUAAUGCUAGAGGGGGCAAAAGCUACAACAGAAACUGUUGAUGCUUUGAGAUCUGGAGCAGCUGCAAUGAAAGCUAUGCAGAAGGCAACUAACAUAGAUGAUGUUGACAAGACAAUGGAUGAGAUCAAUGAGCAGACCGAGAAUAUGAAACAAAUUCAAGAAGCACUAUCAACACCAAUUGGCGCAGCAGCUGAUUUUGAUGAGGAUGAAUUAGAGGCAGAACUUGAGGAACUUGAAGGAGCUGAGCUGGAAGAACAGCUUCUGCAACCUGCUACAACAGCACCUGCUGCUCCUGUUCAUGUUCCUGCCGGAAGGCAGCCAGUAAAGAAAGUUGCGGAUGAGGAUGAUGAACUCGCUGAAUUGCAGAGGGAGAUGGCCCUUUGAGGAGAUAUCAGUUCCGAAAUCUGAAGAAACUGUAAAAAUUGGCUGUACUGUAUAAUUGAGAUCAUAGCUUGAGCUGCUGCCCCCAUUUUCAGAUCAAAAUUUCAUGGAUGUGCAUUUUUCAGACAAAGAUGUAUAGAUGACAUUAAUAAUUUAUUUUCUGUUUCUGUUUGCUGGGAAAGAAGUGUGUUAUUAGCAUGCAUUAUUCGGAUAUUUGGGAGUGUAUGGAAUGCACUUUUUUAACAUAUUCCCUAGAUCUUUUGCAUUCUUGGUUA